AUGUACAAAAUGCCACCAAACUGCGUAGGUCACCCAGAAACUGCCAACACCAAAGCUGUGGCCACACCAGAUGUCACUACCUCGGUCUUGCUGAGUGUCCUCGUGCCUGUCUUAUUCAUAGCACAUCUACAACUCGCACAGCGACGUGUCUGGCCUCAGGCUCCCGAGCGCACGGGGCCGUCGGCAAAUGGUAUAGUUAAAUGUCCCUUGAAACUGACGUUUAUGACACCCGGGCCUGGUUUGGGCUCUGAAACAGGGUGCAUCCGUGUCAACGGUAACGGUUUCACCGUAACUGAAUCUGCCGAGUUCCUCCUCCGAUUCUCGGAAAGCCAGCCAAACAUCGCCCUGCACCACCAGCUCGUCCUGGAGCACACGCAGCCCCACGACAGGAUCCGGAUCCGACUUGGUUGUUUAGCUCGGAUGACUCAUCCUCCUUGUGCUCUCCUUAAGCUAAUGGUUUCCCUGUGGUCCCUCCUGGUGACUCUGGUGGUCCUGUUCAUCCUGACCGGAACCAUGCUGGGGCCAGACCUGAUGGCACAUAUUCCUGCGUCUGUCUACGCCAUAGCGGUGCUGAUGCCUCUGGCCGGGUACGCCUUGGGCUACGGCUUAGCCACGGUCUUUGCCCUGCCGCCGCACUGCAGGAGGACAGUGUCCCUGGAAACGGGGUGCCAAAACGUGCAGCUGUGCACCGCCAUCCUGAAGCUCACCUUCCCACCGCAGCUCAUCGGCAGCAUGUACAUGUUCCCCUUGCUUUAUGCGCUUUUUCAGUCGGCAGAAGCAGGACUCUUUGUGCUGGCAUACAAGAUGUACGGGAGAGAUAGCUACAAGCAAGACGCUCUCGGUGAGGAGGAAGACACGGAUAUUUCCUACAAGAAACUGAAAGAAGAGGAAGUGGCCGAUACUUCGUACGGCACAGUGACCACAGAGGAGCACAGCUCUGUUCAGAUGGAGCUGGUGCAGACUACGCUUUAGGCAAGAUGAUGAGGCAGCACCCAGGGGCGCUUGACGUCAGCUCUGCUUGCGAGCGGCCUGCGGGCCGCGGUGCUGCUCAGCCACCAUCGCUUUUUUAGCAGCUCCCAUUGUACAAUGUGCGCUUACUACUGUGCCAGUUGCAUUUCCUCCGUAAUACGCGUGAACCAAAGCAAAAAAAAGAACCUUUGCGACGCAGACCGCUAACUGCACACCACAUCUUCAUGCGAGGGGGCUCCUGUCAACCUAAGCGAGCCAGGGACGCGUACCAAGAAGGGGAGAAGCGCUCGCCGGCGCGAAGGCCCGGGCAGGCCGCGGUGCUCGCGUGC